AUUGGGCGACGUGGUGUCAUUUGAAGAAAUAACUAAGGCACCGUGUUUAGUCCUAAAACCGAGGUUCAUCUGUUCAACUAUGUCAUCGAACAUGCACCACAGUACGGCAUGGUGCAUGUGCGUCCUCCUGAUGCUAGUGACGUCAGUGAUUCACGUGUCACUGCCAUGCAGAGUAGACGGAGAUAUCUGCCAGAGAAACUCCCUAUUGAAGAUCUCAUUUCCUUCGAGUUCAACCGUGCGAUGUAACGAAUUACUGGUUCGUCACCAGACAGAGGCCAUGCCAACUGUUGAGUUUGCAGAGGCAGAAAGGGGACAGAACUACCUAUUUGUAAUGCUGGAUCCGGAUGUGCCUUCUGGCUGCUCAUAUCUCCACGCCAUUGCGAUUGUCGACUUCCAGAAUGGUCAACUGGCGUUCCAGAAACGCCUGGUGGAUUAUAUACAGCCAUCGCCACCAAGCGGCACACACCGAUACCAGAUGUACUUGUACACGUGGCCGAGUGUUGACGACAGCGUCGUGUACGAGCGCCUACCCUUCGACGUUGCUAAAUUAGAGGAAGACAACAACCUCAACGAACCGGUAGCCCUGUUCCAGUUUCGUGUUUCCAGUAACUGAAACAAUUCGAGACAAUUCCCUUUUCAAUUUUUCAUCAUUUGAAUAAAUUAUUCAGAUCCUGUU